GUGUUUCUUUUUAAGUUGAUAGCCAUGGCGCUCAGUCAACUUUUGUUUGGUUUUUUCUUGCAAAGGAAGCACUUGUUUUCUUCAAAGCGGUUCGGUUUGGUUUAAUUGCAAACGUUCGACCUCAUUGUUAUUAAACAUUUUGUGGUACAUGUAAUUGGUCGAGUUUGAGUUUUAAUGUUUAAGUUUUAUUUUCACUUAAAAAAAGUUUGCUUGAAUUCGUCAUUGCAGUCAUUUGUGUUCGUCAUUGCAGUUCCAAACAAAUAAGUUAUUAAAAAUAUGCAAAUUGCCGCCAUGAGCGCUGCAGAAAGUAACUCAGUAAAAACGGAAGAUAAUUUUUCAAAGGAAGAGCAUAUUGAUGUUGUUUCGACUGUAAGUGGAAUUAACUCUAAACAUCACUUUUCAUCAGAUUAUAUUGCAAAAAGUAUUUCUCGCCACAAUGAAACGUUUUUAUCUUCUGCAUAUAUUCCAACAUUAAUGUCUCUGGCUACAUCAGAAAGUACCAUUGGUUAUCCAUCGCCAGAUUAUCGAAAUUAUAGUUAUAGAAAUGGAUCUCCACCUUAUAUCGAUAAAGCCCCUACAUUAAGUCAAAAAGAUGACAGUACUCAGAAUUCUGAUCAACCUUCACCAUCUACAACUCCGUUAGAAGACAAACACGUAUGGUCGAAAGCUGAGGUUGAGUUACUCUUAGAUUUGUAUGAAAAAAAUCAAGAUCAGCUUAAAGAUCCACGUGUUAGAAAAACAAGAGUGUGGGAAGACAUUGCAACUGCUAUACGGGAAAGUCUAGAUUCCGAUGUAAAUGGAUGCCAAUGCAAUCAAAAAUUUCGUAAUCUCAAAGCAGAUUUUCAAAAGGUUCAGGAACAUAACGGACGACCCGGCAACUUUAAACGUAUAUGCAAGUACUACGAUAGAUUGGUCAAUUUAUUGAACUAUUCGCCUUAUGCUCAGCAAAAAACAUUUUCAAACUCUAUAAAUGUAAAUGGCGAAACGCCACAUAAUACGCCACAUUAUUUUGAAAAUGAGAAUAUACCACCCCUUCCUUCGUUAAAACGUAAAUUCAAUGAUAUAUAUUUAAAUGGACAUACAAACAAUCUACUCUCCAAUAGUCAUAUUGAAAACUUUCAAUCCAAAAAGCCGCGCUCGCAAUGCCAAUGUGAAUGUAGCGAGGAGAUUGCAAGUUUACGCGAAAGCAUAGAACGAACAAAUAGAUACAUUUUAGCGCGAGCAGCACACGAAGAUGAUCGUGUUCGAAGGUUAGAAGAUGUGCAUCGUGAAAAGUUGAUUGCGAUGAGCAGAUUCGCUGACAUAUUUAAAGACUAUAUACAUAAAAUUGUAUAACAUUACGGAUAAACUAUACUGGCAUUUUGUAAAUAUUUUCAUAGUUAUUUUGUUCUCUCAAAAGUUUUCUUAAUCUA